AUGGGGUCAGAUGGCACCGAGGGUCCGGCACGGAGGCUGCCUGAUCUGGGUCCGGCGCCGAUGCAAUCUGCCCGAACGAGCUGGGAGCGACGGUGGCUUGUGCCAGAUGCGCGCAGGGCCGAUUAUCAGCUUGUGACUUUAUCGGCCAUCGUCUCGCGCGCCCGCCGGAUCCGUUCCGGGCAGAUCGCCCGCCUUUCCGGUGCACAGGCCAGCGCUCGAGCCGCCACCGUGCUGCCACGGCGCGGGUCCGUGCUUGCCAUAUACGACCGCUGCAGGCAUCCGACCGGCCUGCCGCGCCAAACUCCUGCGACGAUGCAGCCCAGCCGUGGUCCUCGCCCCACCCCAACCCUUUGA